AACAGGAGAGUACACAUGGGAAUUUUCCACUUGAUGGAGCAGUACAUCGACAGUAAGGGCGGAGACAGGCGUGCGGCCAGAAAGUAUAUAAGGAAGUCGCGGGGGCCGGGCGAGACCACUCCUAAUCCAGACGUCGUAGGAGCGAGUAUACCGACCAUAAUGAGGAUACUUGCCGCAGCCUUCCUUUGUGCCACGGCGGGCAUUGGCUACGCCCAAAACCUAGACCAGCCCAACCCGUGUGACUACAAGUCUGGCAUCAUCGGGGACAUCACUUACUGUGACCGGUACUGGGAGUGUGUGGUGGGCAACCCGCAGCUGUACGACUGUCCCAAUGGUCUAGUCUUCAUCGGGAGGAACAGGGGAAUCGCAGAGGGCUGUGACUAUCCUUGGCGGGGUUCUUACUGUGACGACAAGCAGCUGGCCAACCCGCCCCUCUCCACUGAACACUGUGAUUGGCUCUAUGGCAUCUUCGGCCACGAGACUUCCUGCACACGCUACUGGACCUGCUGGAACGGCACGGCAUCUGAGCAGUUCUGUAUCGGUGGUCUGCUCUACAACGAGGAGAGCCACUCUUGCGACUGGCCCCAGAACGUGGCCGGUUGUCAGAAGCACCCCCUAUGCAAGGAUGAUCCUAACGCCAACGUACCCCUCGGCAAGUCAUGUGAGCGUUACUGGGCAUGUCAGGGUGGGUACCCACGCUUGCAGAGGUGCCCCGCUACCCUUGUGUUCGACAAACGCUCCCGCCGUUGCGUGAACCCGCCCACCGAAGAUUGCGAGGCACCCACCACCACCACCGCUGCUCCAGAAGACUAUGUUGACGAUGACUUCCGCGGUGCAGCACCUCCUCCACCCCGCCGCCGCCGUCCCUCUUCCUCUUUGAGUCAAGGACCCCCGGAUCAGGGCUCCUUCCUCCCUAAUAAUGCUCUUCCUUUCCGUCCCUCAAGCCCCUCUGAGUCCCGACCCCAGAGUCCGCCCCUGCCUCAGGGAGCCAACUUCCGGGAAGCACCGAUAGACAAGGCUGUGCCUCUGAAGUAAAGCGCCGUGUGAGGGCGGGCUAAGGGCUGCCCGCUAUCCCGCCCAUGUCCCUCCUUCGGGUACAAACUCCCUCACCCAAAGAUCGCCCGUCCAGGGCAGCCUCCCCCGCGGGACGCUGUACAUAGUCCUUCGCAAAGUAUUAUGUCCGCCGCAUUCUUCUAUUUAGGCUUAGUUGUUAUAAUUGUGUUUGUAAAUAAAUUAUGUUAAAAGAUA